AGCAACUCGUCUUACCGCCUGUUGCAAAAUGACUCUGGCAUUCAUGAUGGAGAAGAAGCAAAGCUCGAUAAAACAAACUGCUGCUAAAAUAAAAACAAAAAUUCAUAACACAUCAUCAUUCUUCAAAAUCUCACUAAAAACUAACAACAAGGCCCUUGCUUUGGCUCUGGCAGCACAAAAGCAGAGAACCCGGCAGCUAGAGAUGGAGACCGUGCAUUUGCAGAAAGUUGUGCAAUCCCUGAGCUUUGACCUUGCCACCCAGCGUUAUAAAAACAAACAGAUGUUUGCUAUUCUGAAAGAAUUUUAUAGCACCUCUCUCGACUGCAUGGCUCAGGCUGUGGAUCUUAUUUCCGAAGAAGAGGUACCAGGGAGCUUGGAAUCAGUGAUCACUGAAGAUGCAUGCCAGCCACAAGGAUUUGUAAGCAAAUUGCUACCUGGGAUUAAGAAUCCAACCAUUCAGUCUAAACAUGUGCAGAAUGUGUUGUUACCAGACAUCAGUGCCACACUGGUGAAUGAUCAUGUUCCUCACUUCUCAGCCAAAAGUAAGAAUAAGCUGUCCAGUCCAGAGAAAGUCAAUAGUGUGCCCCCGAAUCUUCUGCAAGUCUCUGAAAUGGAGAUUACUAUAGUAGACAAUGUGGCUGAAAUAAUCACUGUUCAGACUAAGCCAAAAAAAAGCACUGAGGCUGAACAGAGAAGAUGCAUGGAGAACAGUGAUUCUUGUUUACUGAUGAGUAGACAGAGCAGUACGUGCAUUAAUGGGGAUGCACAAAUGGAGUCAGCACAUGCAAAAGAUAUGAUGGGUAUUUCGCCCAUGGAGGCAUCCUCUAGAGCCCAACUUCAAACAAAUAAGGCCAUCUACACGUCCACCUGCAACAGUGAAGAGGAGGGUUUUCAACAGCCAGAUGAAACCAUGUAUGGAGAGGGAGAGUUGGUCACUGCACACACAAAGACUCAUAUCACCUCGCGUAACCCUAAAAGCAACAGGCGAACAUGUAGUGCACAAAAACAGGCUGAAGGAAACCAAGAAGCAAGAAAAAAACACGUGGUCCUUCCACACCCCACAAACUGUGUCUCCAGCAACAGUGAUUUAGAUGACUAUUUUAGUGAUGUAGAAAGUCAAAAUAUUGCUCAAACAAACAAAGAGAUUUCCUGUGAUGUCAGAUUAUUUAAUGACAGACACACUGAGACUGAAGAUAUUGAGACAUGUGGAAAAGAUUCCCAGAAUGAAAGCACAAACCUCAGGAAAACAUAUGUAAUUCCAUCCAAAUCUAGAACACAAAAGAGCAGAAAGACAUCACUGAUGAAGGAGAGAAGUAAGGACAUUUCCACUCCCAUUUCAGAUAGUACUAAUACUCAAACUCACUUCAAGGAAAUCUCUGUCCAGGUAGAAAAACCUCAAAGCAAAGGUUCAAUGCUGUCAGCCUUUCUGACAGCAGACCCCAGCGCACUGAGAAAUAGGGGAACAUAUGUGAUCCAUGCCAAUCAGUCAAUCCACACUGACAUUCUGAAUGAUGCAAUGGAGAUUCAAUGUGAUGCCAGAUCUGUAGAAACAUCAAAUCCUGAAGCACACUGCACCUCUUCAGGGAUCAGAGAACCACAUCAAGAUAUUUUACCUCUGAUGACAAGCAAAUCUUUUUUAAAACAUUCAAAGCUUAUCAAUGAUGACAAUCUUUUGGACAUUGCCUCUGAAGUUUCUCUAAAAGGGCAUACUGCAUCCAAGAAAGACAGCACAAAUAUGUUGAUGAAAGCAAGAAAGAAGAAUGUUGAUUCAAGAGAAAAGCAUAAUGCUUUAGGAAAGAAAAGACAUUUGGCAUCUGAAUUACAAGGUCUGGUUGAUACCUGCAGUGUAAAGGAAAACUGCACUUCCAAUAAUGAAUUACCGCAACCAACAGAAGGGCCGCAUUGUUCUAGUCUUCAGGAAGGCUUUAGAGGUGAUUCUCUAAGCAAGACUGCUAACACAGACAGUUUUCACUUAGGAAACUUUGACAAAAGUGAGAAUAUAUGUCCUACAAAAGACCUUGACACAAAUCUGAAAGAUGUCACCCUAAAACAAAAUAUUCAGUGCUACAAGAGGAAGUGCAGAGAAACAUAUGUUGUUUCCUCCAGUUUGCUGUUAAAAGGUGGCUCUGAAGCUAGUCGAUUAACAAAGAAAGAAAGUGGGAUUUCUCUUGUCACAAAUGGAAGAACAAUUAUUCCACAUCAUAACAUUAACAUCCAGUCAACUCCAAAAUCCAUUGAGCAGUUGAAGGAGAAACCGAGUGGGUUCCUCACUGAUGAGAGGCGCCCAUGGCAGUCCUUAGAUCUUGGCUCCUCUGACAUUCUUACUUAUGACACACAAGUCAUUACCUGUAGUCCACCAGAGAUCUCCACUCGAACUAUAAACAUUUAUGAGGACCCUGGCUCUAAUGUGACAAAUCUGUCCCCAGAUGGGAGGGCAGUGAAGAGAUUAACAAACACAGACUUGUCAACUAAUGCAUUAGGUCGUACCCGCAGAAAGGCAGCCGUUGUGUCCUACAAGGAACCCCCUCUCAAUUGUAAAAUGAGACGUGGGGACAAGUUCUCCGAUAACACAUUUUUACGUUCUCCAGUGUUCAAAGAUGGCAAGAAGAAACGGAUUAAGAAAAAUAAGGACUAAAACCCUUCCCACGGUCACUAGCAUGACUAGCUGCUUUGUACCUCACAAUACACAGAAACAACCGAUGGAUAUUUGAUUUUCUUCAGUGUCUUAGUUGUCUUUGGAACUAUUGGUGAGUUUAAAUGUUUUAUUCAUUUACUCAGAUGUAAAAACUUGUACUUUAUUGCCAUCUUUAAUGUAAUGCCAAUUUGCCGAGGGUGUUAAUUUGAACUGUAACUUUUAGUGUACUGAUUUAAAAAAAAACAAAAAAAACCAAACAAGUACUGUUAACUCCAUGAGUGGUAAGUUAGAAUUUGGCUGAUGUCUGAUGACCACACAGUUGUCUUGCUGGAUUCCAAGUUAAAUUAUUACAUUUCCUUAAUUGUCACAACAAAAUGGAGUUUCAGGGUUGUACUGUGUGUAGUGUUGUGUUGGUAACAGAUUUUGCAUACAGAGGCAGGCAAGAUGGAGAACAAAAAUCUGA